UGAGGGUGACGGCGUGGAGGCAGGAAGCUGUUCUGGGUGGUCAGGGAAGUCUCUGAGGACAUGGCAAUUUGAGCUGAGACUUGAAUGCCAAAAAUGCAGCCAUGGGAAAAUCUGGAGGCAAGGGAAGUGCAAAGGCCCAGAAGUGGUUUAACAGCCUUGGGGUGGGAACCAUCUUGGGGUUUUGAGGAACAGGAAAGAGCCAGUGUGAGGUGAUGUGCUGGAGCGGCCCAGAGGGAAGCUGAGUCGGACCUCCUGGACUGCGAGGACGCGUCAACAGCUAGGGUGCGGCGUGCGGCAGGGGAAACUGGUGGCAGAGGACCGGGGAAUUCAGACGGGAAAACCAGCCCCAGGAGAUUCUGGAAAGUAACUUCAAGCAGGUCCGGCCGCAGCUAACUCGGGACACCCCGCCCGCGCACCCUUCGCAGGUACUCCUGGGGCGUCCAGGCUCCGCCCCCGCCCGCGCUCCCGGGUUUCGAUUGGCCGAGCCGCCUCGGGGGCGUGUCCGGCAAGAGUGGGCCUGCGGUCGCGCCCGCAGCCGAGGGGCGGCGGAACCCGGACCCGGAGCGGAAAGCAGCGUCGGAGGGCAGGCUCGCGGACUGGCGCUGGGCAGGGUGCAGGCGCGUGGGGACCCGGCGGAGGAGCCAGGCUGCCAGAGAAGAUGGUGGAUUACCUGGCCAACACGGAGAUCAAUAGCCAGCGCAUCGCGGCGGUCGAGAGCUGCUUCGGGGCAUCCGGGCAGCCCCUGGCCCUGCCAGGCCGGGUGCUGCUGGGUGAGGGUGUGCUGACCAAGGAGUGCCGCAAGAAGGCCAAACCCCGCAUCUUCUUCCUCUUCAACGACAUCCUGGUGUACGGCAGCAUCGUGCUCAACAAGCGCAAGUACCGCAGCCAGCACAUCAUUCCGCUGGAGGAGGUGACGCUGGAGCCGCUGCCUGAGACCCUGCAGGCCAAGAACCGCUGGCUGAUCAAGACGGCCAAGAAGUCCUUCGUGGUGUCGGCCGCCUCCACCACGGAGCGCCAGGAGUGGAUCAGCCACAUCGAGGAGUGCGUGCGGCGGCAGCUGCUGGCCACGGGCCGCCAGCCCAGCACGGAGCACGCGGCGCCCUGGAUCCCCGACAAGGCCACGGACAUCUGCAUGCGCUGCACGCAGACGCGCUUCUCGGCCCUCACGCGGCGCCACCACUGCCGCAAGUGCGGCUUCGUGGUCUGUGCCGAGUGCUCCCGAGAGCGCUUCCUCCUCCCGCGCCUGUCGCCCAAGCCCCUGCGAGUCUGCAGCCUCUGCUACCGCGAGCUGGCCACUCAGAAGAGGGAGGAGGAGGAGGAGCAGAGCGUGGGGUCGCCCCGGCAGCCGGCCUACCUGGCCGGGGCCGUCUGCGGAGCAUCCAGCGGGGACGAUGAUGACUCUGAUGAGGACAAGGAAGGCAGUGGGGACGGCGACUGGCCCAGCCGUGUGGAGUUCUACGCCUCCGGCGUCUCCUGGUCGUCAUUCCACAGCUGACCCGGAUCUGCAGCUGUGUGGGAGGGCCUCCUGGGUCCCUUCUGCAUCGAAUCAGACCCCAUUGCCUGUCCCCUGCGAGAACAGAGUGUCCGGGCUGCCCUGCAGCCCCUGGGACCCUGCCCCAUGGGCAGCAGGAGCAGUGGGAAUGGCUCUUUCUCUCUGGGCCCCCAGGGCCUUUGUGCUAGACAUUGGCAUCCUUCUGUUCCACUUCAGGCAAUUCUCUUUCCAGUUAGCAAAUCCCUCUGGAAACAAGUUUAUUUCUCAGCCCUAUGAGCUGUAGCCCCAGAUGACCCCUUGAAUUAGACAACCCCGGGUACCUGUCAGGACCAGAGGGAAGGUAGGACUGGAGGGAGGUCCCCUGUUCUCUGAGGACUUGCACCACAGCACCUGCCCCUGGGACAAGGACACCCCCAGGGAAGACUGGGAGUCCUAGAAACCACAGUCUGCCUAUGUACCUUGCUGACACCCUUGGUGGCUGGGCCUUGCCAGGCCGGGCACGUGCGCUCACCCUGAGCCAGGCAAGAGAGCCAUGCUCUGAGUACCCACCAGGCUUGGUGCAGCCUGACUCCUGGGGAUCCAGGGCAGCCUGCCCAGGCCUCUGGCCCCCUCUCACCUCUGUCCAGGCGUCCAAGUGUCUGAUGCCUCUCAGUCCAGUCCUCCUGUCUUACUGUGGCUGGGGAAGGCUGCGUUUUCUCUUAGGACUCUUCACUGCAAGUGACAGAAACCCCACCGAGACUGAUUUUACAAUAAAAAGAACAUUUAUGGAC